AUGGCACAGGGACUUUGGCCGGAUCAGGAGGGCAUGUCGCCCGAACUCAACCUACCCCAGCAAGAGCGGGUCGAUCGCCAGAUGAUUCGACACCUGCUUGGUAAAUAUUCACGAGAGGAACUGGGAAGGUUGCUACAAGAAGAAGGCCGCCUAUCACCAUCUUCAUCAUAUGAGGAAAGAUCCUUCAUGCUCUCAAGUAGCGGAAGCUCGCACGAAGACUCGUCAAAUAUGUUCGACUCAACGAGCAGCAACAACGCAUUUUCAGAUACGUCGUCUACAUGCGGCAGCGUCACCUCCAACGUUUCACCUCGAGCGAGCACCAGCCGCAAGCGCCACGCAAGCCCGUCGACGACUCGAGCCAGCAUAGCCCUUACCGAUGAAUCGUCCUGGGAUGCCGAGGACACCACACCUACGACAGCAGCUCCCAAGCAAAAGGGCUCAUUCACCUGCGGAUUCUGUCUCGAGGAGGGCAUCCAGAAGACAUGUACACGCAAGAAUGACUUGAAGCGCCACAUGGAAGAUUUCCACCACACCAACGCACAAUGGUUCUGCCGGCAUCGAGGCUGCCAGAUGGUCUUUGAUUGGCAAACGGCCUACAAGGCUCACCUCAAGAACUCUCAUGGCGGAUCAAGGAUGAACCUGGAUGACGCCAAGGUUCCACUAUGUCCUCAGACGGUGUUCGCCUGUGGUUUUGAGAACUGCCUCCAGGUUUUCGAGGCGCCAAGCGACGCGCAUGCCGGACCUACAUUCAAGGAGUACGUGAGCCAUGUUGUCAAGCACUUUGACGAGGGCGCAAGCAGUGGCCAGUGGAGUUACUCGGCGAGAAUGCGUAACCUGCUCCGUCAAUCUAGCGUCUUGAGCACUUGGUCACAAUCAUUAUGGCCAGACGCAGACCCGAGUCGCCUACGGUGGAAUUCCCAAACUAGCAGUGUUUUGAGAAAGCGCCUAGAAACUAGACAUCUUGGCGACCUGCAGUUCCUCGUCCAAUACGCUAUUGCCCUUGGCUCAAGCCCCAAUGGCGCCAUUCAGAACUUCCGCGCGGACUUUGUGACUCCCAUCCGCAGCGAGUGCAGGAUGGCGAUCCACGGCCACAGCAGGGCAGGUGUUCCGGCAGCAACAACCACUCCAGAACCAGAUCACAUGGUUCAGUACGGCAUGUCGAAUGCUGCCAAUCCAGCCAUGGUCGCAUACUACCAGCGACAGGCCUACAUGCCUCAGCCGGCACAGCCGCAGAUGCACUCAUCAGGCUACACCUUUCACAAUGCGCCUCCCUCUCCGGGUUACGACGCCCACCAAGCCUUGCAACAACAACAGCAGCAGCAGCAACAGCAGCAGCAGCAUUCACAGUACAUGGGCAUGUCCGACACCCCGAUGGUUGGGACUGAUUACGUACCACAUGCGAAUGGCAGUCUCCAGACUAUGCCCGCUGCUUAUGGCGCCAAUGGCAUGCAUAGUCCCGCACCCACGGAUAUUUGCGGUACCGCAAGUCCGGGUUCGAAUAUGGAACAGCGGGCUAAUACCUACGCAUACAACUCUUCUCCAUAUGCAUACUAA